AUUACAGCCUUCAGAGGAAGCUGUUUAUGGGACUGCAGCGCUAAUUAGGCUCAUGAACUAACAAAUCUGCCUGCACGAACCUGGCGAGGAAAACGAUCACAUCCAUGGAUUAGUCUGGGAGUAGCCGAGCACUUUUUAUUUGGGCUUUCUCGACGCUCGCCGCCUUUUCCUCCUCUCAACUUAUUUACUUGCGCAGAAACUUUCUUUUCCCCAUUCUUGGGUGUGGAGUAUUUUUUAAGCGAGAGGCGCCUCCGACAACUUUAACUUAAACUGGGGAACCUGGACUAUCAGAACAUGUUUCAACCUACACCCAAGAGGUGUUUUACUAUAGAGUCUUUAGUGGCCAAGGAUAAUCCGGUACCGGCGUCCCGCUCCGAGGAGCCCAUCAGGCCAGCGGCUCUCAGCUAUGCAAACUCCGGCCAGAUGAACCCCUUCCUCAACGGCUUUCACUCCGGCGGCAGGGGCGUCUACUCUAACCCGGACUUGGUGUUCGCCGAGGCGGUGUCUCAUCCGCCAAACUCCGCCGUCCCCGUGCAUCCCGUGGCCCCGCCGCACGCUUUGGCCGCUCAUCCGCUUUCCUCCUCACACAGUCCGCACCCUCUUUUCGCCAGCCAGCAAAGGGACCCCUCAACGUUCUACCCUUGGUUAUUACACAGAUAUAGAUACUUGGGUCACAGAUUUCAAGGUAAUGAAACGAGUCCGGAGAGCUUCCUUUUGCACAAUGCUCUGGCCAGAAAGCCCAAAAGAAUCCGGACAGCUUUUUCACCUUCGCAACUCCUGCGGCUCGAACACGCGUUUGAGAAAAACCAUUACGUGGUCGGAGCAGAAAGAAAACAGCUCGCCCACAGCCUUAGCCUCACAGAAACUCAGGUAAAAGUGUGGUUUCAGAACCGGAGAACGAAGUUCAAACGGCAGAAGUUGGAGGAGGAGGGCUCGGAGUCUCAGCAGAAGAAGAAAGGAUCGCAUCACAUAAACCGGUGGAGACUGGCGACGAAACAGUCGAGCCCAGAGGAAAUUGAUGUCACUUCGGACGAUUAAAAACACAGACUAUACGCGUCCGAGUGAGGGAGGACAUGGAUAAAGGAUGCCGUGUAGAGACAGUGAGAGGGUAAAAAGCCAAUGUCACAUUUCAGAUCUCCGGAGAUCGGCAGCUGAGGGUGAGAGAAACCCGGCUGGUGGCCCUGCUGUCACCGGUCUGUCAAUCCAAAUGACCCAGGAAAAUGGGACUGACAGAGCCUCAGUCCACCCACCUGAACCCUUCCACGCACCAACCACCACCACUACAAACCCCAUCUACCACCACCUGAUUUUAUUUGUUUCUCCAAUUCACAUUGGACGUUUGCACUUCAGAAGUUUUUUUUUUUUUUUUUUUU